AUGAAAAAAACACCCAAUCAAUCAUCAGGUAUUCUUUCUAAUAAUUCUAUUUAUAAAGGUCCCAAAUUUAUAAAAGAUGUUACACAAAAAUCUAGAUCUGAACAUAAUCAAUCUUUUGAUGCAUCUUAUAGCAAGAAUUAUGCACCAACAUUUAGUAAUCAAAGUAGACUUAAAAGCUAUAGUCAAUAAGCAAAUUUCUUGGAUGAUUUAGAAGAAGAAUAAUAUCCAAAUUAAAUUAAUGUUGCAAUUCAAAAAAGACCAUUUGAAUUAGCAUUAUAGAAUGAACUUCAAAAAAUGUUAUCUAAAAUCAUUUAAGGAUAACAUCUAUCAAUUGAUGAUUGUUAAUCUAUUAUUAGAGCAAUUGAUGAAUGUAUAUAAGAGAGUUUACAAACUUUGAGAUAAAAAGAUGCAGAAGUAUAUUUAUAUUUUAAUGAUUAAAGGUUUAAAAUAUCAAAUAAACAUAUGAAUUGAAAAUACAUCAAUAAGAAAAUACUAUUUUGGCUUUGGAAAAUGAAGUUUAAGAACUUAAACACAUGAUUACUCUUAAUCCAAAUGAUUCAAUAAAUUUCAAAUUGUAAUAAUUGGAAUAGGAGAAUGAAAUGCUUAAAUUAUAGAAUCAAUAAGCUAUAAAAAUAGCUGUAUAAGGAAGAACAAAGAAAUAAGAAAAAGAACUUUAUGAUGCAAUGAAUANUAGUCUAACAAAAAGUAGGUCUAUUUUAUAAAUAAUAAGGUUAUUUUUAAAAAGCUGAUGGAGUCAUUAUGGUAUUUGAUAUUGCAGAUAAAGACAGUUUUAAUCGUAUUAGUGAUUAUUGGAUUAAAUAAGUUCAAGAAUGUUCUAAAGCAAACUCUUAAUCUAUUUUGGUUGGUAAUAAAAUAGAUUUGUGUGAAGUACAAAAUGUUCAAUAAUUAGAAACGAUAAGUUAAAUUCCUUGAAGCUUAGGAAUUCUCAUAGAAAUACAAAUUGCCUUAUUUUGAAGUCAGGUUUCAUUUAAUAAUUAAGGAAGUGCAAAGACAGGAGAUGGAGUUCAAGAGGCAUUUAAUUUUCUAUCGCGAAAAUGUACAGAAUGUAUAGAAACUGAAGUGAAUGAAGUUUAACAUUUAUAAAUUGAUUCUGAAAAUAGACCUAAAGGAUUUUAAGGAUGUGUUAACACUAUUA